AUGUCUGCGUCUUUGGUGGGGUUGCCUCCAGAGCUUUAUUCUGCCAUUCUCUCCCAGGUAUCCCCUGAAAGCCUCCAGCAGACUGUUCUCGUUCUCACCCGUGCCAUCCCGCGUUCACCCAUCCCGAUCUACCACAUCUUCGAGCACGUCCGUCUCAAUCAUGGUGAUCAGGUCUUCCAGCUCUACCGUCGUCUACGCAAGAGCCCCGAGGACGCGGCCUACGUUCGUGACUUCAGGCUAGAAUGCUGGACCGUUGAUGCAGAUAUCGUCGUGAAUCUGCUGGCGUUGUUGCCGAAGACGAUUGAGCUGAGGAUCUUCAUUGGCCCCAAUUUCACCCCAGAGCAUUUGGAACUUAUAUUCGAUAAACCGAUGGAGAGGCUGCAGUUCCUCUCACUAAGAUUUCGGCCAUACGUCCAACGAGCAACGUAUUAUCAGUUCUUGAAGGGCGCGUAUUUUGAUUCAACCCUCACCGCAUUUUCCCGCUGGCCGUCCUCACAUCUUCCUACGCUCUCCAUUGUCCAGGACCCUCUGGAUCCGAGCAUCGCACCUACCAAAUUCGCACAACCGCUAGUGUUUUUCCGAUUGGAUCCACUGUCUACACUUUCGCGUUCUCCCCUCCUCCGGCAGCUCUGUCACUUUCGGCUUCGCAUCCCUGCCCGGCAAGCAGCGCGCUUCCUCUACGCCCUUUCAGGCGCACUGCCAAAUAUCGAGUUGCUGGACAUGUCUACAUGUAAUAUAUCCGAGGCCGACGUCGAAGGUUUGCUCGGCAGACUAGUGCGACUCAAAGCCCUGGUCCUAGAUGGCUGUCCCAUCGUAGGUCAAAGGGCUGACGUGCAGGGACAAGAUGCAGAUGGAGUGGGACAGUGGGCUGCGCUGGGGAAGGCGAUGGCACUGGCAGGAGUCAAACACGCAAAAGAUCGAGAGAAGAAAUUGAAGGCUUGGCUAGAAGCCCAUCAUGCUCGAACGGAGGCGCGUGAGGCAGCCGAGACUGUCCCAAAUCAAGCUGCGCCGAGACGACCGAGACGUGGACGACGCGGUCUUGCGACAGCGACCAUCUCCCUCCGUGCAUCUCCACCGCAAGACUCCGUAGCGCUACCGAUAGUUAACAAUAUCCCGGACAACGGGCAACCCGUGCCACCUCGAAAUCAGAAGAUCCGUAUCCUCCCCUUUAUACCCUCCCUCCGUUUCGUCGCUGCCACUGCUCCGUCUUCAAUUGGGUUUGACAAGCAUGCAGCACUACGUGCCGACUUUGAAAGAGGGUGGGCCGAAGGCAUUGCCCAAAUAUCUGCUGCUCGCAAUCGGCUCAAGCAGAGCUGGAGCAAUGGUGUGCGAGUGGUCAAAUUCAGCAUGGCAGAUUCAGAGGAUGAGGAGGCUGGCGAAGUCGGCCUUGCAGGUCUGCAAGACAUAGGUGACCCUCGAGCGUUUGUGGUCACACUCGGAGGUGGGGCAGGAGGUUCAGAGGACACUGAUGUGGAUGAAGGCAAGUGUCCCCUGCUCUGCCUCGCUGGACCAGGUCGAAACGGAGGCCAUGCUGAGGGUUGCGCACAUGAACUUGGCUGGCGGGUGUGGCAGGAUGAACUCUGA